AUGAGGCCGGAGAGCCACUGCUCCCUGAGACCGCCAGCUGCCGAGUAUCAUCCUGAUUUUCCUAUGCAAGCCCUCACUAUAGAGCGGAACAGGACUUGGGAAGAGCUCUCCAAUCCCUCCUCCGACUCUUUGUGGAACGCGGGCUUACCAGGCAUCACCGGCUGGGUGCAGAUCGAACACGCCCGAGACUAUAACCUGCCCCGGGGAAUUCCUUCUCUGGGUAAAUACGAAGUUUACAUCACCACUUGGGGCCAUCAGCACCAUUGUCUAAAGAUCCUUCGUCGAGAAUUUUCCAGCGUCGUGCGCGGCGAAAGCAUCCUGAUUAACUCGAUGACCAAUGGUACAAAGACACCACACAGCGAAGCAGCAGGCCGCAAGCUAUACCACCUAAUGCAUUGCUUUGACUACCUCCGCCAAACUAUUGCCUGUGCUAGCGAUUUAACACUCGAGGGAAUUAACAAAGAGUCUAACGACACAUUCUUCGACAUCGACGGGUACGGUGUAGUACAUAUGUGUAAGAGUCAGAAUGCAAUUGGGAAUUGGCUUAUAUCUCAUGCGCCGGAGGAAGAUGGGUUCCAGCAGCACAUUGAGCUCUGA